UUUUAUCGUAUCGCGCUUCUGAUAAGAUUCGGGAAAUAUGAUUUUCAAAACUAUCCAAAAGGUUAUCCGGCACUCUGUUUUGUGCCACCCCAUCAUUUGUCGUCCUAAUCGUCUACUUUCCGCAUCAUUGUCGUCGCCGGUCCACCAAACGAUUUUCAAGAAUUUAUUCAGCACAAUGUCGUACUAUAUCGAAGAACGAGGCUCCCCCAACACUUUGGACUAUAAAGUGUACAUAAAAAAUGAAAAUGGAGUAGUUUCUCCAUUCCAUGAUAUUCCAUUACUAGCUGAUACUUCAGGGAAAGUUUUUAACAUGGUGGUAGAAAUCCCCAGGUGGACAAAUGCAAAGAUGGAGAUAAACACAAAAGCAGCAUUAAACCCAAUCAUACAGGAUACAAAAAAAGGUAAACUACGUUUUGUACCAAAUGUGUUCCCACACAAAGGGUACAUAUGGAAUUAUGGUGCAUUUCCUCAAACAUGGGAAAACCCAGAAGUAUUAGAUGAACAUACAGGAUGCAAAGGGGAUAAUGAUCCUUUGGACGUACUUGAAAUUGGAUAUAAAGUGGCUAAACGAGGAGAAAUUCUUAAAGUUAAGGUAUUGGGAACUGUUGCAUUGAUUGAUGAAGGUGAAACUGAUUGGAAAGUUUUGGUAAUUAAUGUAGAUGAUCCUAUUGCACCUGAAGUUAAUGACAUUAAGGAUAUUGAAAAGCAUUUCCCUGGCCUAUUAAAAGCUACUGUUGAAUGGUUAAAGAUCUAUAAAAUACCAGAUGGCAAACCAGAGAACAAAUUUGCAUUCAAUGGUGAACCCAAAAAUGCUGAAUUUGCAUUAAAAAUAAUCAGUGAUGCUCAUGAAUAUUGGAAGGGUUUAGUACAAAAAGAAAAUUCUGAAGAAUUAUCAUGUGUGAACACAACAUUGAAUAAUACUGCAAGUAUUGGCAACGAUAAAGUCCAAGCCAUAUUAUCAGAAAGUUUGCCAUUCUCUGAACCUAGUCCAUUAUUACCUGAAGUUGAUAAAUGGCAUUUUAUAAAAUUAUAAAAUAAUUAUUGAUCACAAAAUCAAUAUUUACUUGGUGAAAUUAGAAAAUGGGAUCAAAAUAAAUAAUUAUAUCUGUUGUUGAUUACAUAUGAAUUAUUUGAUGUACGAACAUAUACAGAAUCACAGAUUUAUAGCCCGAAUGAUCAUUCCUAAUGUUUAACAGUUUAUCAAUAUUUAAAAUAUUGGUAUUUUUUUUUUUUUUUUUACAAAUAAAUACAUUAUAAUUGUACUCCCU